AUGGCGUCCCCCGCCUCCGCCCGCGCUCCCCCGGGCAAGCGAGUGGUGAAUCAGGACGAACUGCGGCGGUUGAUGAAGGAGAAACAGCGUCUGAGCACCAACCGGAAACGGAUAGAAUCUCCAUUCGCAAAGUAUAACCGUUUGGGGCAGCUGAGUUGUGCCCUGUGUAACACCCCGGUGAAGAGCGAGCUCCUGUGGCAGACUCAUGUCCUGGGAAAGCAGCACCGAGAGAAGGUGGCCAAGCUCAAAGGCGCCAAGGAAGCCACUCAGAGUGCGUCGGCCAGCGCAGCACUGCAGUCCGCCAAGAGGAAGGGGCCGGACGCGGACAACCAAGAUGCCAAGAGAGCGAAGACCGCCUCGGGGCCGCAGGUACAGCCCUCCACGUCCGCUUUGCCCCCUAACUUUGCCAAAACGGGAAAGGAGACCGCUAGAGUGACCCCCAGUAAGCCUUCGGGACUCGGUUUACUCCCUGAUUAUGACGAUGAGGAAGACGAGGAGGAAGACGAUGAGGAGGAGGGAAUAGAAGGAAAAGCGGGGGACCCUAGCAAGCAGCCGUCGGGUGCACAGGGCAAAGAACCCUCACUUUCCUCCUUGCAGGAGGCAGCGAACACUGUGCGGCCAAAAGAUUCCUUUCAUCCAAAUCCUCCCAAGGCCCCCGUAAUUCCUCACUCAGGGUCAAUUGAGAAAGCAGAAAUACAGGAGAGAGUGGUGGAAAGGAGAGAGAACACCGCAGAAGCCUUACCGGAAGGUUUCUUUGACGACCCUGAGGUAGACGCAAAGGUACGGAAAGUCGAUGCCCCAAAGGAUCAGAUGGACAAAGAGUGGGACGAAUUUCAGAAAGCCAUGAGACAGGUCAACACUAUUUCCGAAGCUAUCGUUGCUGAAGAGGAUGAGGAGGGACGCCUGGACCGCCAGAUUGGGGAGAUCGAUGAGCAGAUAGAGUGUUACCGUCGGGUGGAAAAGCUGCGGAAUCGCCAGGAUGAAAUAAAGAAUAAGCUUAAAGAGGUUCUGACCAUAAAAGAACUGCAGAAAAAGGAAGAGGAGAACACUGACAGCGAUGACGAGGGAGAACUACAGGAUUUGUUGUCUCAGGAUUGGAGGGUGAAAGGGGCUUUGUUGUAAGACUUAAAAACGAUCCAAGCUUUUUGACAGUGUCUCUUGCUGUGGUAUGAGAAGUGUGGUCUCAGUAUUACUGUUGGUUAUCCUGUACUAGAGAUGUAGGUGCCUAACUGGGUUAUGAGAUAAACUGAACCAGUGAGCAACAACACUUUGGGAAACUGGUGUAAAAUAUUUUAGAAGAAAAGGGCCUUCCCCCUACCUUUUUUGGAAAUUUUUGAAAUUUAUAUACCAAGAUGCCAACGUUUUCACACAUUCCUGGUUUAACCGUAUAAUUUUGAGUUGUAAAAUCUGUAAGUUGUAAAUGUUGUACAUAGUUAAAUAUAUAUUUACUUAAGUAA